UUUUAGCCAUAGCUAUGGUUACCACGUCUCUCCCCGCCUCCCUCCACCUAUCAAGAAGACGACUGGCCAUUGGCUGCCUGUCACCAAGUAAGUCAGUCAUUGGCCGCAGGUGAGACCGGGCGCUCCCCCUUCCCCUGUCUCCUGGGUCUCUUGAGGAGCCCAGGAAGGAGGCUCGGCUAGUGCCGCCGGGCCACGGGCUGCCGCGACCGGGCUGCGGCAGUCGUUAGCCGGCAUGUCGGCCGCCCAGGGCUGGGACAGGAACCGCCGGAGGGGAGGAGGCGCCGCAGGUGGUGGCGGCGGCGGAGGUAGCGGGGCCGGCGGGGGCAGUGGGGGCAGCGGGGGUCGGGGGACUGGCCAGCUCAACCGCUUCGUGCAACUCUCCGGGCGGCCGCACCUGCCAGGUAAGAAGAAAAUACGAUGGGACCCAGUUAGGAGGCGCUUCAUUCAGUCCUGUCCCAUCAUAAGGAUCCCUAACAGGUUUUUGAGAGGCCACAGACCUCCACCAGCACGAAGCGGACAUCGUUGUGUGGCAGAUAAUACCAAUCUGUAUGUGUUUGGAGGUUAUAACCCAGAUUAUGAUGAAUCAGGAGGGCCAGAUAAUGAAGACUAUCCUCUCUUCAGGGAGCUUUGGAGGUAUCAUUUUGCUACAGGAGUGUGGCACCAGAUGGGCACAGAUGGCUACAUGCCUCGGGAACUGGCAUCUAUGUCACUUGUGCUACACGGAAACAACCUGUUAGUGUUUGGAGGGACGGGUAUCCCAUUUGGUGAGAGCAACGGCAAUGAUGUCCAUGUCUGUAACGUGAAGUAUAAGAGAUGGGCUUUACUCAGCUGUCGGGGGAAGAAACCGAGUCGUAUAUAUGGACAGGCCAUGGCUAUCAUCAAUGGCUCCCUUUAUGUCUUUGGAGGGACAACUGGCUAUAUUUAUAGCACAGACCUGCACAAAUUAGACCUCAAUACUAGAGAAUGGACACAACUGAAACCAAACAACUUGUCCUGUGAUCUACCAGAAGAGAGAUACAGACAUGAAAUUGCACAUGAUGGGCAGAGGAUUUACAUCCUGGGAGGUGGUACUUCUUGGACAGCUUAUUCCUUAAACAAGAUUCAUGCAUACAACCUUGAAACAAAUGCAUGGGAGGAAAUUGCAACAAAGCCUCAUGAAAAAAUAGGUUUUCCUGCAGCCCGAAGAUGCCACAGUUGUGUUCAGAUUAAAAAUGAUGUGUUUAUUUGCGGGGGCUACAAUGGAGAAGUGAUCCUGGGAGAUAUCUGGAAGUUGAAUCUGCAGACUUUUCAGUGGGUCAAGCUCCCAGCUACCAUGCCAGAGCCAGUGUAUUUUCACUGUGCAGCUGUUACACCAGCUGGCUGCAUGUACAUUCACGGAGGUGUGGUGAACAUCCAUGAAAAUAAACGGACUGGGUCGUUGUUUAAGAUCUGGCUGGUGGUGCCUAGCCUGCUGGAGCUGGCGUGGGAGAAGCUGCUCGCGGCCUUCCCCAACCUGGCAAACCUCUCCCGAACACAGCUUCUGCACCUUGGACUCACACAGGGACUCAUUGAACGCUUGAAAUGAGGAUUUCUGGACUGUUCAUUGAUACUGGAAAUGUUAAUUUAAAGAGACUCCUUUAUUUAUGGGCAGUGUAGAAUGUGCUUCAAAGAGGAUUGGUUACCCUGAUCAAGGCCUUAUUCAGAAAAUACAUCAGAUGCCUUUCUGUAAAUUGUUUUAAGUUUAUGGAAUCUCACUUUCCCUUGUGCUUUUUUCCUUUGCUUCUCUCCCUCCUGCCUCAGUACACACGCACAUACGCACAUACUCCUUCCUUGACAGAGUUGAGGGAAAGUCUGAAAGUACCUUAAUAAUGUUAUGAAUCAAGAUAAAAUAAAGAAAAAUUUUAAAGGAACUCUAACCAUAUUACCAUGUGCUCUAUAAAUUAAAGCAACAUCAUCAAUAAAAACAAAAAUUAAAUUAAAAAAAUUAAAUCCAGCGACAACAACAAGAAGUUUUGGGGCUAGAACAAGAAGCUAAACUUGAGAAUCCUGCAGGUUAUAGGUAAAGCUAGAUGUUUAACUUCCUGUUUUCAGAUAUAUCUAAUUGAGUAGCUGGAUCUAAUGGCAGCAGUGGUUGAUGUCUUGCUGCAUAGAUACCAAACCUAUCCUUUGACUUUGGAGGAAAGUUAAGCAGCUCACCAGCCCUUGAUUAGUGAUUUCUUUUCUAAUCCUUAUGGUGCCAGCAAUGGUUAGAGUUGACUUGUCAAAAAACUUUAUUGUGUGUUGUAGUUGUGCUGUUAGUUGUUGCUCUUAGAAAUUAUGGCACCAAGGAUGUUUCAAAUCAAGAAAUGUGGUGGUCAAAGUUCUUUGUUCUGGGCAGUUUUGAAAUUCUCUUGUGCUUAUUAAUGGUUUCCAGUAUCUCUUUGAGUUCAUCAUGAGGAUUGCAGACCCUGAAUGUGUGGCAUAAACAGUGUGGGACACAAACAUAAGCUUGUAAGAAGCCGGAAGAGAGCAGGGCAGGAAGGGCUUCUGCUCUGGACUGUGAGCUUUGACUGUCAUGUUGGCCAUUUCCUUUCAGGAUUGUUUCUUUGUAACUCUGGGCCAUGCACCUGUCAUAUUCUCAGGCAAUGGGUUUUAUCUCUAGAAAGCCAGUUGGCCCAUGAUUUUUCUCUUAGCUUUUUGUAUUUUUUUUUCUCUGCUUUAAUGUGCGUGGUGCUGUGAGUAAUUGCCUAGUAAUUGGAUAAAAGGUCUUGAGGGGAAAGCCACAGGUCAUUCCUCUUGAAGAACUAAGUAUCAUUUUAAAAACUAGCAUGAGGAAGGAAUGAAACUGAGAAUCAUUCACUUUUUGGCGUGAAAUUUUAGUUCUGGUUUGGUUUGUGUUGUUUUUUAUUUCUAAAAAAGAAAUAAUCUAAAUUUUCACUUGCUUUGCCAUUAGGGUGCUAGAACACUUGAGCAAGGCACUGAGACAUGAGCAUUUGGAAGUCCUUAGGUGAAUGAAAGGUGCUAAAGGCAUGCAAGAGGGCACAGUGCUGAUCAUCUCGUUGGUUAGAUCACAACAGGAGACUCAGACUGGGGACAGGUUUUUCCUUUAAGUGCCUCUUUUUCAUUUAGCUUUUAAAGUUAAUUUUCUUUUUCCUUCAUCCCAGAAGCUCAUGUGUGGAUUUAAAAUCACCUGUGAGUUAUGGCUA